AAAUCUUUGACCUCUUGCCUGGUGUACUACCUGGGUAGUCGCCACGCUUAAUAUUCCCUGGUGUUCACGAUUUUAUGAUUUUACAUUCUUCAUUCUCCUUCAACCUUUUUCUCUCAUUUCUCUUUCCUCUUUCCUCUUCCCUCAUUCAUUAAAUCAUUCAAUCAUUCAGUCGUCAAGACUUAAGGUUCUUUCUCAUCACCACUGGGCACUAUUCUUCGUCAACGCCCACCGUCAAUUGUGCGCUAUCAUUUGCACAUCUGCAAAUCUGCACAACUAUUUUUUCACUUGACCCUAGUAAACAAUUCCACCUCUACACUUUCACCUUUACGAUUCCACCUUUAUUAUUCCACCACAUUAAAUCCCACACACUCUCGAGGUUGUUAUCUCGUCUUAUUCAUCACGUAUCUAAUUGCCGAAUCACAUCAUCAUCAUCAUCACUUCUCUAACCAACAUACACCCAACGUCGUCGCGCCAGUUUUGUUGUCGUUUACUAUCACCUUGAAGUCAACAUGGCGCCCCGAACGCGUUCGGCGGCCGCCAAAGACGGUCUUGCCGUAGGCACUUCUAGCGAUGCUAGUAUGUCGCAUCCCACCCCUCCCAAUCGCGACUCGACAUCGUCUUUACCAUCUACCUUACCCUCUGAUGACGAAAUUUCGACAUCCGCGACUAGCAUUAUUCAGACGGCCUUGUCUACUCCGACUACUUCGGUUCCCUCGGCCCCAACAGCUGCGAUUAACAGCAACAACGCGCAAACGUCAACACAUACUACUCGACGCCACCUGGUAGUUGAACUUCCUCAACUUUCCUCCAAUCCCCCGGAGGGACAGGGCAAUAUGCCUGAGGGAUCCAAUUCUUCUCGUCCACGUAGAGUUAUUCGACGCAGCGCCGGUCCUUUCUACCGCCCCGACUCAGAGGAUGAGGAUGAGGAUGAUUAUUUCCCUGGCGAUAGGUCUCGUGGUGCAGCAUUUGCACGUAGUCUCCAACGUCAGGAGGACACGUCAACCGCGACAUCUUCCGCCAAUACCUCUCAUGCUCAGCCGACUAAGAGCACGUCCAAUCUCAAAAGAAAGAGAGCCACAAAGGUGAAAUCCGACAUCAAGGACAUGGCCCAGCCCUCCGCCUGGGACUCGACUUCAUCUGAAGAAGAAAGGGGACUCGACUAUGCUAAGCACUAUACCAGCAGCAGUGGAUCCGACGAUUCUGGCCCCGAUGAUUCUAGCUCCGACGAUGACUCCGACAGCGAUGACUCUGACGGUGAUGACUCUGACGGCGAUGACUCUGACGACGAUGACUCUGACGACGAUUCUAGCUCCGACGAUGACUCCGACGACGAUUUUGUUUCCUACGGUCGUACAUUUAAACGUCGGUCUACAUUCUUCAUGACGAGUACUUAUGGAGGCCCACAACCUUUGUCGCCCAAACGUAAGGAGCAUGUCAAACGAUCACUCAAGAAGCAGAAGAGAGAGAGAUCAGAUGAUGACGACGAAGCUUCUUCCGACGCUGCUUCCGAUGAUUUUGAUAUUCGGUUUGCUUCGGAGAAGGUACUUAGAAGCUUUGUUUCAAAGCGCCUUUACCCGCACAGUGAGACAUUCAGGAGACGAAUGCUAGAACUCCGCCAUCCCUCGCUUGUGACAAUGUGGUCCGAUCUUAAGAAGAUGCCGGCUAUCAAUGUCGCGCAAGCUGCCCAGCCAGUUAACAUCAAGCGUACUUUGAAGCCCUUCCAAUUGACGGGAUUGGCGUGGAUGAAGACCAUGGAAGCAAAGAGAUGGAAGGGUGGCGUGCUUGGAGAUGAAAUGGGUCUAGGAAAAACGAUCCAAGCCGUAUCACUAAUCAUGUCGGAUUACCCAGCCAAGGCACCGUCUUUGGUUCUUGCACCUCCCGUUGCUUUGAUGCAGUGGAUUCAUGAAAUUGAAUCAUAUACCAGUGGACAAUUGAAGAUACUGAUGUAUCACGGUAGCAAUACCAAGGUGAAGAAGAUGACUCUCAAAGAGCUUAAGAAGUUCGACAUUAUCGUCAUGUCCUACAACUCACUGGAGGCAAUGCACCGAAAGCAGGAGAAGGGAAUCUUCAAGAACGAGGGCACGUAUAAAGAGAAGAGCCUCAUCCACCAAAUCAAGUUUCAUCGUGUCAUUCUGGAUGAAGCUCAUUGUAUCAAGUCUCGAUUGUCUGGUACUGCCAAGGCAUGCUUUGCUCUCGAGGCAAAGUACCGCUGGUGCUUGACUGGAACACCUUUGCAGAAUCGCAUUGGCGAGUUCUUCUCUUUAUUACGGUUUCUCAGAUUGAGACCGUACGCUUCAUAUGUCUGCAAAUCAUGCCCUUGCGAGACCCUCGAUUGGGCUCCUAACGAGAAGGAAUGCUGUGUUGAAUGUGGACAUACAAUGCUGAUGCAUUUAUCAGUCUUCAAUUAUGAAAUCCUUAACCCGCUGAGAUCUAUUGCUCCGGCGGACCGCGUUCAGACGGAUACAGCCUUUAGUCACCUCCGCCUUUUAAUCAGCCGUCUCAUGCUACGUCGCCUCAAGAAAGAUCACAUGGAUGCCAUGGAGCUCCCUGUCAAGGAAAUUGUGGUCAAUCGUCAAUUCUUCAGCGAAGGAGAGGCCGACUUUGCCAAUAGCAUCAUGAAAAACAGUCAAAGACAAUUCAACGACUACGUGGCCCAAGGAGUCAUUCUUAAGAACUACGCAAAUAUCUUUGGCUUGAUCAUGCGGAUGCGCCAGACGGCGGACCACCCGGACUUGAUUUUGAAGAAGGAUAGUGAAGGUGGACAGAACGUGUUGGUCUGCUGCAUAUGUGAUGAGCCUGCAGAAGAAUCUAUUCGAUCCAAGUGCAAGCAUGACUUUUGUCGUUCUUGCGCCAGGAAUUAUAUCGACUCCCAAGAGUCACCCGACUGCCCGCAAUGCCACAUCCCGCUAUCUAUUGACCUAGAACAGCCAGAAAUGGAGCAAGAUUCGGAGCUUGUUAAGAAGUCAUCCAUCAUCAACCGAAUUAAGAUGGAAAAUUGGAAGUCAUCCACAAAGAUCGAGCUUCUCGUGCACGAGCUCUACCGACUACGAUCAGACAAGAUGUGCCACAAGUCGAUCAUCUUCUCGCAGUUUACUUCGAUGCUCCAGCUGCUUCAGUGGCGUCUCCAGCGAGCCGGGAUUACGACGGUCAUGCUUGAUGGAAGCAUGAACCCUGCUCAGAGACAAGCUUCCAUCAAUCACUUCAUGAAGAACACAAAUGUGGAGUGCUUCCUAGUGUCUCUAAAGGCUGGCGGCGUUGCACUGAAUCUCACGGAAGCCUCAAGAGUCUUCAUCGUUGACCCGUGGUGGAAUCCGGCGGCGGAGUGGCAGUCGGCUGACCGAUGCCAUCGCAUUGGACAGACACGCCCAUGCAUAAUCACACGUCUUUGCAUCGAGGACUCAGUAGAGAGUCGAAUGGUACUGCUGCAAGAGAAGAAGACGGCUAUGAUUAACACUACGAUGGAGUCGACAAGAACGGGAUCCGGAUUGGAUACCCUCUCACGCGCAGACCUUGACUUCCUCUUCAGACUUGACUAAUCCAUUACGAUAAUGGAGAUAUUUGGACCUGUACGAUAUGACACAGGUAAAGUAGUUACUAGAUACUACUAUGGAAUUAGGAGGGUAUGGAAGAUAUGGGAGCUAUGGGCAUAUGAGGAUAUGGACACUCGAUGCUUGCUUGGGCUUGGGGGAGGGGCUGUCUUGCAAAAGACAAUGCCAAUGAACAUUCCUGCACAAUAAGUUUGGGCAGAUGAUGCAUCCGUAUACGGAUGUAUAAUAGGAGAACACCGAAUCUUCUCUAGGAGCCGAUGUGAUUACCUACUAGUCACUGCUAUGUAGGUAAUUGAGGCGAAACUUGGGGUGUCAGAGAGGAUCCAUGCUAGCCUUGGGAGCUACAUACAAGGCCUAGUACCUAUACAACUACCUACCAAUGCUACUAGUUGGUAGGGGUCAUCUUUUCUGACACUCCUCUCCUAAAUAGUUAGCUAUAGCUGUCGCUUCUCUUGCUUGUCUGAAUAUCACGGAAUUCAGAUAAUUUCUGCA